GGCGGCGGGGCGGGCGCUCCUCACCGGCGGGCGGGUUGGGUUGGUGCGUGAUUUCCUCCUCGGCCCCGCAAACAGCGGCUCCCCCGUCGCGGCGACCCGCCGGCACCGCCCCAGCCCCGGGAGUUUCACCGGCGGGAGCGGGGGGAGGCAGCGCUGCCGGCCCGGUACGUUUUCCCGGACAGUCCCCGGGAAGACGGGGCCCCCUCGGGCCGAGCUCCCGCUUCCUCCCCCUCGGUGCGUCCGCGGUGACUUUCAUGGGACUGCUCUCUGACUUCAGGCAGUGCUACAAGCAGCGAGGUGUCCUGCAGCUGUAGGAUGAAACCCUUGGUAUUGAAUAUUCUGGUAAACUGGUGAAGUUCCAAACCCGUCACCUUCAGUACUGGAGUGUCUUCUCUGUUCUCUUUAAAUGCUGUCAAUGUCCUGUUACGUGAACAACACGGCUUUUGUUUGGGGGGAAAACAGAAGAGGUUGGUGCCUCAGGGGAAGAUACUGAAGAAGAUGCAGGCACGCUGAAAAGUUCAGAAAAGUGAGCCAUGCGUCCUUCUGAAAGCUGAAAAGUAGCCCUCUGAUAGGGUCAUGAACCUAAGACAAGUCUUUGUGUCUGUACUGAUGUUUGGAGUAGCUGGUCUACUCGUCUUCAUGUAUCUGCAAGCCUGGAUUGAAGAACAACAUACAGAGUCUGGAGAAAAAUUGCAGCAACAGAUAAUUAACCAGGAUUUCACGCUUCCACCUCCAGGAAUGCCAAGGAGAGCUGCGUUGAGCAGGAGUGCUCCUCCUGGCCUCAGUAAGCACGAGAUGGCCGCCUUGGGCAGCAGGAACUGGCGGGGCAAGGCUGACCCUUUCGGUGUGGUGGCUGCAUCCUUGGUGAGCCAACUGUCUGACCAGCAGAAGAUGAGCGAGUCACCUCUCAGCUGGUUCAGAGGGGUGUAUUUACCUCCUGCUCUGCGCCCUUUAAACAAGACGUUAGUCAAGGGUGACAAGUGGAAGGAUGUGGAUAGCACCCAGGAAAAGCGCAGGUCCUUCCUGCAUGACUUCUGUAAGAAAUACAACAGCAGAAAGCAGCUGCGAACUCACCUCGUGCACCUGGUGUCAAGAAUUUAUGUGGAGGACAGGCACAAGGUGCUGUACUGCGAAGUACCAAAAGCAGGCUGCUCCAAUUGGAAAAGGGUCCUCAUGGUACUCAAUGGUCUCGCCGCUUCAGCACACAACAUUUCCCAUGAUGAUGUGCACUAUGGAAAGCAUCUAAGGAAACUGGACAGUUAUGACCUAAAAGGGAUAUACACACGUUUGAACACGUACACCAAGACUAUAUUUGUACGUGAUCCUAUGGAAAGACUGGUAUCUGCCUUCAGGGAUAAGUUUGAGCAUCCAAACAGCUAUUACCAUCCAGUAUUUGGGAAGGCAAUAAUAAAGAAGUAUAGACAUAAUGCAAAUGAAGAGGCAUUGAAAACAGGAUCAGGGGUUAAGUUCAAGGAGUUUAUCCAAUAUUUGUUAGAUUCCCAUCGCCCAGUAGGAAUGGACAUUCAUUGGGAGCAAGUCAGUAACCUCUGCUAUCCCUGCCUUAUCAACUAUGAUUUUAUAGGAAAGUUUGAAACCCUGGAAGAAGACGCCAAUUACUUUUUGCAGCUGGUAGGUGCUCCAGCUGAGCUGAAGUUUCCUAAAUUCAAAGACAGACAUUCCUCUGAUGAGAGAACAAGUGCAGAAGUAGUGAGGCAAUACUUAAAGGAAUUGUCUAAGGAGGAGAGACAGCUGACCUACGACUUCUAUUACUUGGAUUACUUAAUGUUCAAUUAUACAUCACCAAUUGUAUAGCUUCGGGCUUCUAUUAGAUAUUUAUCAUUUUGGGAUUCAAAACAACUACUUUGAUAUUAGCCCUGAAAGAAAACAAAGUUACUGCUAAGUGGAGUUGUCUUGACUUAGUGGGGGGUUUAUAAGCUAGAGUGACAUCAAUCGACAUUAAAUUAUAGGAGAAUGCACCAAAAAAAGACCUGUAAACAGCAGAAAUUGCACUAAAAUGCCUGAAAAAGCUACUUUUACUAUUAUGGAUUAUACUGUGGAAGUGGUAUCACAGCCAGCUGUUGCAUUAGCUUACCUAAUGUUCUUUUAAUGGUUUAAGAUAAAAGCAUUCAGAGUAGCAUGAUUCUUUUUUGGUGUGUCUGCUUUAGAAAUUGAUUUUGAAACUAUUUUUGAAUGUAUUUUUUACUUUCUGUCACUUAUUAAUAAAGAAGCAUUGGCUAAUUUUCUAAAAUGUUUGCAGCAUUCUCAGUUGCAAGGCUUGGUUGUUUGAUUACCAUUAGACUGUAGCUGGUUUUAGACUGGAUGGUUUUUAUUGAAGGGUGCUCUUGAAUACAAAUGCAUAAAACUACGAAUACCACAGCAGCUUAUCUGUAGAGCAGAGUAAAUUUGGGUAAGCCUGCGAUCUGAAGUCACACUCCACUAUCCCGUUUUGAUGGAUGCAUUAGAGUUGACAAACAUGACCCUCCUUUCAGAGAAUUGCCACAUACAUUGAAAUUAACAUUUUAAUUUACAGUGGAGUCAACCACACAAUGCAUACCUUGGUCCAAAUAUUCAAGAUAGUCUCCAUCUUUAGCAGCAGGGCAAAGUCUGAGGGUGGUAGCCAUGGAUCAUUAUAAGGUCUGUACUGAGAAUCAACUUCAUUGCAACUGCUGUGACCACUCUUGGUCUGCCAGUGUCCAGUCAUCAGUCCGGCUCCUGGCAAUUUGUUGCACAGAAGGUGUGUGCACCCAUUGCCUCCCAGACCAUGGACUGGUUUUGCCCCAGAGCUCCCUGAAGUCAUGUGGGGUUUGCUGUCCUUCCUGCCUUGUCACCAGCCAGCAAAUCCCAGGGAUGGGGAGGGUGCUGCAGUCUGGUGGGACGAGUAUUGGUGAUUUGUCCUAGAGGUGGUUGUGUCCGGAGUCCCACAGUCCUCCUUCUCUUCCCUCUCCUCCCUCAAGUGCUGUCUGACCAAUGCAGGCAGUCAUUCCUGCAACCCACAGUUGCACAUGGUGUUGUAGGAUGGGUGGCCAGGGUGUCCCAGGAGGAGGAGAAAUCCCUGCAGAAUGGAUAGGGAGAAAUCCCUGUGCCCUUCCAAAGUAAAGAUGACACCUAUUCUUUGCUUCCUGGGGUGGUUUGGAACAUCUUGCUCCAGCGUCUUGAUAUAGCAAAUUCUAAACUAUGCAAGUAAAACUGAUGCAAGCAAAAUGUCCUUUUCCUCUAUUCCCAACCAGUGCUCACAACCAGCCCUAUUGCUGUCCUUUCCCUCAUCUCAGGCAAAUGUACGGCUUCAGUCCUUCCAAAGGAGUAAUUGUGGGUCCCUUCCGAAAGGAGAAACCAUUUCCUACGUACUCUUGCUGCUUGUUUCUCCCUCAGUUUUCUCCUCAGAAGAGGUAAAAAAAUCACCUCCAGCCUCUGCAGUGCCAGACCGUCACCGAGCAGACUCUGCAUGUCUCUCUUUGCAUCAGGGCAAGCCGCUCUGGGGUGGAAAAGUAAAAGCAUACUGGGCAGCCCAAGUCAGAGGUGGUGCUGUAUGUGACCAGCAGCACCUAUAGGCAAAGCCAGCCUGUUCACUGGGGCUGUGGAGCAACGAGGAGAAGGGAAAAGCCCACAAGCCCUCACCACCAUCUCCACCAUGUGGAGAGAAGUGCAGGUGUUCAGCACCAACGUGGAGGUGCAGGGAUGCCCCGGAUAGGUAGCUGUUGGUGUGCCUAGAAGAACCCCUAGGUGUCAAUACCAGCAGUGUCUGGGAUGGGAUAUCCAAGUGUUGAACUGCCCUGAUGCAUGCCUUUCCUCAGGUGAACAAGGUGUCCCUAAAUCUCCCCCUUUACGGUCAAGAUGGUGUCUGACUCCCACCUCCCCUGAGAGAAACCACUUCUGUUUCUCCUAUGGGCUCCAUCCCAGAGCAGGGAGCCCCCGAGCUGUGCGGCUUUGCCCAGGGCAUCUCAAACCAGGACAGGACAUGGCUGAAGGCUUGGCCCCAGGCCACCAUGCUGGAGAAGUGGCUCCUUGCAGCAGCUGUCACGCUGGGCUCUAGUACGCUGCUGCUGCAGUGUUGUGUGCCGUGCCAGUUAAUGGCUGUUAUUGAGUUCCCAUGUAUCUUUACCCACCACAAAUUAUUAUUA